AUGAUGAAGAUCAAAGAUGAGGAUCCAAUCUGUUGCAGAUAUAAUUCUUCAAAAAAUAAAUUUUUGAUUGAGAUGCUUGAGAUUGUGGAAGCCUCUGAAGAUGAAAUCACUUCUACAUUAUAUUUUUUGUUGGUGAUGAAAAGUCAAUUUCUAGGAGAAAGAGAAAAUAGAAGUUAUGAUGAGUUGCUUAAGAAGUUUAUCAAAAAUGAGGAAGAGCUAAGAGUUUCCAAUUUAAAACUUCAACUGUCAGAAGAAGAGAUUUUCAAGUUGAAUAAUCAAAUUGAGAAAAGUGUGAAUCAACUUGAUAAUGUGAUGAAAGAAUUAGAACUGAAUAAGGAUGAACUUGAAUAUAAAAAUGGACAGGUACGAGAGUUGCAAAAUCAAACAGCUGAGUUGGAGACUCAUGUUUCAGAUUAUUGCCCCAAGAUUGCAAAUUCGGCGGAACAGUUGGAGGUAGCUAAUGAAAACCUCAAGAUAUCAAAUGAUGAUAUUGCAAGAUUAAGAAAUGAACUUGAGAAUAGGUCAUUUGAAACUCAUCAAUUGCAAGGGCAUCUUGAAUCGGCACAUGAAAAUGUGGCUAAAUUUGAAUGGCAGCUUGAUUAAGGAGAAAAGCAGAUCCGAGAGUUAGAAGACGGGGUUGCAUGCUUUAAAGUUAAUGAUACUAAUCAUCAACAUGAGAUGCAGAUAAUGAAGGAGGAAAUGCUUGACAACCUUUGUCUGUGUUUACAUUCUCGAAUUUCUCUCUUUAUGAAACCGAAAGAUUAGUUCAAGAACUCACAAAGUUUGAGAUUGACACACACAACAUCAUCAUUAAUCAAGUAAUCUUCGAUGAU